AUGAAUGAAGGUCUAUGGUUGUUGGUACCACCUGCUGCUGCUUUUCUAUUGGGAGUGGUGAUGACCUAUGUGGUUCUUCUUCAACGUGUUGUUGGACCAUGGGUGAGGAAAGAUCUUCGGAAUGAAAAAGAGGAAAUGAUUCAUCGUGAGGAGACCGAAGAAGGAGAACAACACGACGAAAAGGAGAUCACCAAUGAUGUGGAUCCAAGAUUUAAAAUCAGUCGGAAACCUACUAAACAGGAAAAGAAAGAAGCCAAACAAUUAUACCAAAAUAGAAAACCAAAGACAGUUCAGCAAGUUCUUUCGGAAGAGAAAAUGGAAAUGAUCAACCAUGCCUCAACUGCUCAGAAAUAUGGACAUGAUCUGUCUUUAAUGAUGAAUGAAAGAAAAUAUUUAGAUCUAAAGCAAUGGCAUUGCAUGUCAAGACCUCAAUACAAAUAUUCAUGUGGUGUCUCUUCGUUGACAUCCAUUUGGAAUUAUUUAUUCAGUACAUUGGGUCAUGGUCAUUUGCCUGUUCUGAGCCAAGAGGAAGUGUUAACCAUUUUAGGUUUUUCGGAACCAUUCAACGAAAUUCGAUUUGGACCUUUUUGUGGAAACGAGACCCUCCUUCAGUGGUUUAAGGAAUUGCUGAAAGCUUUUAAUCUUGAAGGAGAAGCUUCCAUCUUUUGGAAAUGCAAAGGUCUUCACAAAACAAAGCCUUCAGGAGGCUCUGUUUUAGAAGAAUUGAAAAAAGGCAUACGGUGCAGCCAAACAGCCUUUAUUUAUCAUUGUUACAAUCAUUAUAUGGUCAUCAUGGGCUAUGAUGAAAGUCCAUCCCAUCAGCAUCAGAUUUAUGAGAAAAUUCGGUCUGAUAGCCAAUCACAUGAGGAAACAAGUUCGCCCAACGCAUGGAUUCUCUUUGGAGACAAUUCUAAAUUACAAGAACCUGUGGAGUGUGCCAAAUUCUCGGAUAUUUAA